AUUUGCAUGUUUGACCUAGCAGAAUAAUUGGGUCCACAGCAACAUGGGCGUGCCUCCCUUAGAAACACUUGGUUUCAUGUAUGACUCAUAAGCUGAAGCACAGACACCACUUCCCCAAUCUACAGGAGCCAUUUUAACAGCUAAAACUUGUCGGAUUGCUUUUUAUUUUCAAGCCCAAAAGACGAUAGAGAAAGAAUACUUGAAGGCCAAGAAGCUUGAGAGAAAAAUUUCAGGAAAAUUGUCUCAAUUUGACUAGAGUAUCAAUGAACCAGGAAAAUUGAAGCACCUUCCCUGAAGAAAACUUGGGUGUACAGUAACUCCACAGACAGAGCUGAGGGUUUUUUACCCAAAUCAGUCACUGGAUUUUGCCGCCUGAUACGUGAAUCUGUUUGGAAUUUUUCUCAUGUGGAUCUAAGGGGAAUGCUUUAUUAUGGCCGCUGUUGUCCAACAGAACGACCUAGUAUUUGAAUUUGCUAGUAACGUCAUGGAGGAUGAACGACAGCUUGGCGAUCCAGCUAUUUUUCCUGCCGUAAUUGUGGAACAUGUUCCUGGUGCUGAUAUUCUCAAUAGUUAUGCCGGUCUAGCCUGUGUGGAAGAGCCCAAUGACAUGAUUACCGAGAGUUCACUGGAUGUUGCUGAAGAGGAAAUCAUAGACGAUGAUGAUGAUGACAUCACCCUUACAGUUGAAGCUUCUUGUCAUGACGGAGAUGAAACAAUUGAAACUAUUGAGGCUGCUGAGGCACUCCUCAAUAUGGAUUCUCCUGGCCCUAUGCUGGAUGAAAAACGAUUAAAUAAUAAUAUAUUCAGUUCACCUGAAGAUGACAUGGUUGUUGCCCCAGUCACCCAUGUAUCCGUCACAUUAGAUGGAAUUCCUGAAGUGAUGGAGACACAGCAGGUGCAAGAAAAAUACGCAGACUCACCGGGAGCCUCAUCACCAGAACAGCCUAAGAGGAAAAAAGGGAGAAAAACGAAACCACCACGACCAGAUUCCCCAGCCACUACGCCAAACAUAUCUGUAAAGAAGAAAAACAAAGAUGGAAAGGGAAACACAAUUUAUCUUUGGGAGUUUUUACUGGCACUGCUCCAGGACAAGGCUACUUGUCCUAAAUACAUCAAGUGGACCCAGCGAGAGAAAGGCAUUUUUAAAUUGGUGGAUUCUAAAGCAGUGUCCAGGUUGUGGGGGAAGCACAAAAACAAACCUGACAUGAAUUAUGAGACCAUGGGAAGAGCACUCAGGUACUAUUACCAAAGGGGUAUUCUGGCAAAAGUGGAAGGUCAGCGCUUGGUGUAUCAGUUUAAAGAAAUGCCAAAAGAUCUUGUAUAUAUAAAUGAUGAGGAUCCAAGUUCCAGCAUAGAGUCUUCAGAUCCAUCACUAUCUUCAUCAGCCACUUCAAAUAGGAAUCAAGCCAGCCGGUCGAGAGUCUCUUCAAGUCCAGGGGUAAAAGGAGGAGCCACUACAGUUCUAAAACCAGGGAAUUCUAAAGCUGCAAAACCCAAAGAUCCUGUGGAAGUUGCACAGCCAUCAGAAGUUUUGAGGACAGUGCAGCCCACGCAGUCUCCAUAUCCUACCCAGCUCUUCCGGACUGUUCAUGUAGUACAGCCAGUACAGGCUGUCCCAGAGGGAGAAGCAGCUAGAACCAGUACCGUGCAGGAUGAAACAUUAAAUUCUUCUGUUCAGAGUAUUAGGACUAUACAGGCUCCAACCCAAGUUCCAGUGGUUGUGUCUCCUAGGAAUCAGCAGUUGCAUACAGUAACACUCCAAACAGUGCCACUCACAACAGUUAUAGCCAGCACAGAUCCAUCGGCAGGUACUGGAUCUCAGAAGUUUAUUUUGCAAGCCAUUCCAUCAUCACAGCCCAUGACAGUACUGAAAGAAAAUGUCAUGCUACAGUCACAAAAGGCAGGCUCUCCUCCUUCAAUUGUCUUGGGCCCUGCCCAGGUUCAGCAGGUCCUUACUAGCAAUGUUCAGACCAUUUGCAAUGGAACCGUCAGUGUGGCUUCCUCUCCAUCCUUCAAUGCUACUGCACCUGUGGUGACCUUUUCUCCUCGCAGUUCACAGCUGGUUGCUCACCCACCUGGCACUGUAAUCACUUCAGUUAUCAAAACUCAAGAAACAAAAACUCUUACACAAGAAGUAGAGAAAAAGGAAUCUGAAGAUCAUUUGAAAGAGAACACUGAGAAAACGGAGCAGCAGCCACAGCCGUAUGUGAUGGUGGUGUCCAGUUCCAAUGGAUUUACUUCUCAGGUAGCUAUGAAACAAAACGAACUGCUGGAACCCAACUCUUUUUAGUUAAUAUACCAAAGCUUAUGGAUGAUUGUUUGUUAAUUGAACAUUUUCAAUUAUAUGCAAACUGAUUGAUUGAUUCUAAGAUAAAGUCUAAGGAGGUUUCUAAUUUUGUAAUUGUUUUUUUUUUUUGAGACGGAGUCUCGCUCUGUCGCCCAGGCUGGAGUGCAGUGGCCGGAUCUCAGCUCACUGCAAACUCCGCCUCCCGGGUUCACGCCAUUCUCCUGCCUCA